GAACGUUCAAAAAGACUUCUUUACUUUUCAACUCAUCUUACGUUAUACUUUAAACAAGUUUUCAAUGUUUUAUCCUAUUUUCUUUAUAUCUUAGAAAUUUAUUUUUAAAUGUUAUAUUAUGCAUUGCUUUCGAGCAUCCUUUCCUUUAAGGAAAUUAAUCAUCCAUGUUCAGUGCUAUGUAAUGAAAGGCCUUACAAUGUAUGGUUUACAUCUGUAACAUAGAUAAGAAAUCCCCUUCAUCCUGAAGAAAUGAUUUGUAGGGGUAAUUUUAUGGAAGGCCUUGCUUUGUCCUUGAAACAUCAUAUGAUAAUAUAAUAAUGAUACAAUGGCUGAAAAUCGAAUGGAGCUAUUUAUUGAAACCUUAACUGGAACUGCAUUUGAGCUUAGUUGUUCACCACUGGAAACAAUAGUAUCCAUCAAAGCUAAGAUUCAAUACUCAGAAGGUAUUCCUGUGUCUCAACAGCAUUUGAUUUGGAAGUCUCAGGAGCUUAAUGAUGAUCUGUGUCUCCAGGAUUACUGUAUUAAUGAUGGGGCUACCUUAAAGCUUGUUCUUGGAAUGAGAGGUGGACCCAUUAACACCAGACAAGUUUCAGAUACAAAAAAGCUGAAAGACCUUGCAGAAUAUGUUGAAAGAAGCAGUGAAACCGCCGGUUCUGGUGGCAGGCCAUUUACUGUUUUAGUGUUUCAUGAUGGCGAUAAAGUUCAUAUGUAUACAUUAAUGGAAAGAGGAGAAUGUACUGUUUCACCACUAUCUGGUACCAUAAGUGAAACAUCAUCUAUUGCCUCCAUUAAAAACAUUGAAGAAAUCGACAAGGAAAUUAUAAAAGAGAAUGAAGUUACAAAAGAAAAAAUAGCCCAGUUGCAAGAACAGUUAAGAGCUUUAAAUAUCAACAAGUCUAAAAAGUUUUCUGCAAGUGUUGCACAUUCAAAUCCUUUUUCUAUUCAAGAAAAAUCAAUUAAUCAAAAGUGCAAAGAAGAUUUUUAUUUACCCCCUAUUGAAAAAAGGGAUUCAUUGAAUUCACCGUCCAAACAGUAUUUUACCAAGCAUGCUCAAAACAAGAUUAAAACUGAUCAGAAAUCAGAUAAUUCACAUUUUGGAUUAAUGAAGGAAAGGCCAAAUUCUACUUUUGCCUCAUCUAGCAAUACUGCAGAAAGUGAUAGCAAACAUCCUGAAAAAAUACCUAGUUCUCACCAAAAUGUAUCAAGAAAAACUUCUGCUGCCUUAGAUUGUAUUGCCAACAGCAUUUCUACUUAUCUUCUUACAAGUCCUGAUAAAAUUUCUGCAGAAAAUAAUGGUCAUUCCUGCUCAAAUUUUUUGCCUUAUAUACCAUCAGCACUAGGAGCUUCAAGCAUUCAAAAAAAGACAUUAUCUCGCCAGAAUCCUCAGAUGGUUGCAGUUAAUGUCAGAACACCAUGUUUAGACUCGAUUAUUAAGUAUGAUCCGUCCCGUUUAAAGAAAGCGCACAAACAAUUGCCAUUUACCAGCAGUCAUGCUUUAUCUUCACGAAAACUCAUUGACCUUGAUGAAUGGAUACAGAACAGGCCGAAAACAAGUCCAGAAAAAAUUACUUAUAAAAGUAUUGGAGAAAAGGUAAAUAAGGAAAAGUUAGGCCGUGAUGAUCGGAGUAGACGUAAAUUGAAACAUAGCAUUAAAAAUCCUCUUUCUCUUAAUUUAUCACAAGGGAAAUCCAGUUUGAUGAUGCAAAUGUUUAAUGACAAUCGAGAGGUUUCAUUUAGUUUAAGUCCAGCAGUUGUAACCAAAAGUAAUUCAAAUGCCAGUAAUAAGAACCUAAAAUCUUCAGGUGGAUCAUUAGUUACUUCCUCAAUCAAAACAUUUCAACCAUAUAUGCUCAAUGAUUCUGAAGUGCAUCAGAAUUCUGAGGUGUUUCCAAAUGUUAAUAGUACAAAGGCGAUACCUAAGCAGCAAAAUGAAGAAAUCAAUAGACCUCAAUCGGGGAAAAAAUUACCUCUUAUUAAAGGAAAAAAGAAAUCGAAACGAUGUUCAUUGUGCUCAAAAAAGACUGGCUUAGCUACAAGUUACAUUUGCAGAUGUGGUAAAAACUUUUGUGCAACUCAUAGGUAUGCAGAAGUUCAUCAUUGCUCAUAUGAUUACAAAACAGAGGGACGUCGAUUGCUUCAGUUGAAUAAUCCUGUAGUGGCUGCUUCAAAAUUACCCAAGAUAUGACAGUAUUUGUGGUUAAUUCAAAAGAACGUGUUUUUGUAUAUUUUAAUAAUAAAU